AUGGAACAUUCUGAAUCUGCUGUGCAACAACAGGAGAAAGUGAUUUUUUGCACUUACUGUGUCCAUACAUCUGUACCUGCAAGUAAAACUUGUCUGCAUUGUGAAGCCUCUCUGUGUGACAAGCACAUAAACAUUCACAGUAAAUCAGUGGAACAUGUUCUAACUGACCCCUCUAUUUCCUUGGAGAACAAGAAAUGUUCAAUUCACAAGAAACUUCUAGAGUUUUACUGUACUAAGGAUGGAGCCUGUAUCUGCGCGUCCUGCUGUAUCAUUGGAGAGCACAGAGGUCACAAGAUGGAAUCACUCAAUGAGGCUUUUGAGAAAAAGGUAGCCGAUUUGAGAGCUAACCUGGAAAAAUUAUCUUUAGUGAGAAAAAACACAGAGGAUCAAGUUCAACACUUACAGCAGCAAGGGCAAAUAGUGAAAGAAAAAUUAUCUGGUGUAGCAGGCACAUACAACACACUGCUUAGUGACAUCAAAGUGCAGGUGGACAUCUUGGAAAAGCAAGUUCAUAGUGAAAUAACAAGGCAAGAAGACCUGGCUUUACUACAAGUUUCUGAUCUAACUCGGCAGCUGGAAAUAAAGAAGGAGGAAUUAUCUAAGAAGAUUCUUCACAUGGAGGAGCUGUCCAAAAUGACUGAUCCUUUAACUGUUCUUAGUUACAAAGAAGAAGAAAAAAGUAACAGUCAAACAAACAGUGAUAUAAAUAUUAAUAGUUCUGUGGAUGAGAUACCAAUCUCUCUAGUUUUACACAGUGGUCUUUUGAGCCUUGUAGAUCUUCUACUUGAACUAAAAGCAAAGAAGCAGUUUAAUGUACUUAAACCAUCCGAUGUUUUACUGGAUGUAAACACAGCUCAUAAUAAAAUAGUUGUGUCAAAGGACCUCAAAUCUGCCUCUUAUUCUGUCACUUCCCAGAAGUAUCCAGAUGGCCCAGAGAGGUUUAAAUCAUGCCAGGUGUUAAGUAUAGGUGCCUUUUCCUCAGGACGCCAUUACUGGGAAGUAGAUCUCAAAGAAGCAUCUAGAUGGAUUGUAGGAGUCGCUUGUAGCAGCAUAGAGAGAAAAGUGGCUGGAAAUGAAUCUUUUAUAGGUUAUAAUAACAAGUCUUGGAGCUUAUUUUUCCAAAAAUAUCUUGGAGUAUCUCACAACAACAUUCAAAAAAAUAUUGCAUCAGAUUCUCCUGUGCAGUCAAUAGGCAUAUACCUGGAUUAUGAGGCUGGUCGUUUGUCCUUUUAUCAGCUAUCUUACCCUAUGAGACACUUACAUACCUUCACUGUCACCUUUACUGAGCCACUUCAUGCUGCAUUCUACAUAUUUGAAAACACAGCCAUCAGAAUAAAAAGCUAAAAAUGACGAUGAAAAUAUUUGAACAUAUUAAUGAUUAACUAGGUAAAGUAUAUUUUUUAUAAACAAGUAUGUACAAAUGUCUAAAAAUCCUAAAUCUAUUAAGUGAUAUGUUACACUACAAUUCUAAUGAAGUUCAGACGUAUAGAUAUAAGAAAAUUGCUGACUUUAAUGAUUUUAUGACUGUAACGCGGCAAAACAAACGUACCUACUGACAAAAAACAUAUUAACGAUAUAAAUCCCACUGCAUAUUUUCAUGAUCAUAUUAUUCUGUUUUGGUGUUAUCAAUUGCUUUAUGACAUUAAAUAUUGUUUCUGUUCUUUCUGUCUAUAAUAUAUACAAUUAAAAUAUAUUGCUUCUUCUUG